GGUCGCGGCGCGCACUUCCGGUCUUUGUGGCUCCCUGCUCUGGGUCGGUGUCUCUCUCCCUGUCCACUCCAGGGCUUCGCGGAAAGCCCUUGAAAGAAGAAAUACUAAAGGAAACUCUGAAGCACAGAACCCAGUUGUAGCGAGCUUUUUGCUAACUGUUUCAGCCUAGAAUGGCUGUGGAAUCCAGAGCACUUGCAACCCUGGUAACUCAGGAUCCUCAGGAACAAGAACUAAUAGUAGUGAAAGUAGAAGAGGGCCUUUCCUGGGGUCAGAAAUCUAAGCGGGAUGGGAGUGCCCAGGCCUGCCAAGAAAUGUUUCGCCAGCAAUUCAGAAAGUUUUGCUACAAGGAGACUCCUGGGCCGCGGGAGGCUCUGGGGCGACUUCACGAGCUUUGCUAUCGGUGGCUGAUGCCAGAGUUGCACACAAAGGAGCAGAUCCUGGAACUGCUGGUGUUGGAACAGUUCCUGAGCAUCCUGCCUGAGGAGCUGCAGGUCUGGGUUCAGCAACAGAGUCCAAAAAGCGGCGAGGAAGCUGUGACCCUGUUGGAGGAUUUGGAGAGAGAGUUCGAUGAUCCGAGGCAACAGGUUCCAGCUAGUCCACAGGGUGCAACAGUGCCGUGGAAGGAUUUGACAUGUCUUAGAGCAUCCCAAGAGUCAACAGAUGUCCAACUCCAGCCUUCAAAGACACAGCUGAAGUCCUGGGAACCUUGCCUGUCCCUCAGAAGUGAUUGUGAGAACAAUGAUUUGGCAACAAAGGAGGAAAUUUCGGGACAAAAAUCACAGAGACUUCCCCUGAAACCUUCAUUUGAAGAAGUUAGUGAACAUGAGAGCCCUUUAGAGUGGCAGCAAGAAAGUACUACAGGGGAGAAAUUAAGAUCGCCUUCUCAAGCAGACAGUUUUAGUCAAGUGAUCUUCACACAGGAAUCUCUAGGAAAGAGAGACCAUCAUGAUAAUCCACAAAAAAGGUUAAGCCUAAGUACAAACUCUAAAACAUAUCAGAAAGUUCGUACAGAAGAGAGACCUUAUAGAUGUGAUGUAUGUGGGCACAGCUUCAAAAAGCAUUCCUCUCUAACACAGCAUCAGAGAAUCCAUACUGGAGAAAAGCCCUACAAGUGUAACCAGUGUGGGAAAGCCUUUAGUUUGAGGUCAUAUCUUAUUAUUCAUCAGAGGAUUCAUAGUGGGGAGAAAGCAUACGAAUGCAGUGAAUGUGGGAAAGCCUUCAAUCAGAGUUCAGCCCUUAUUAGACAUCGGAAAAUUCAUACUGGUGAGAAAGCUUGUAAAUGUAAUGAAUGUGGCAAAGCAUUCAGUCAAAGUUCAUAUCUGAUUAUACAUCAAAGAAUUCACACUGGUGAGAAACCCUAUGAAUGUAAUGAGUGUGGGAAAACCUUUAGCCAAAGCUCAAAGCUUAUUAGACAUCAGCGAAUUCAUACAGGAGAGAGACCUUAUGAAUGUAAUGAAUGUGGAAAAGCUUUCAGGCAGAGCUCAGAGCUGAUUACCCAUCAGAGGAUACACAGUGGAGAGAAACCCUAUGAAUGUAAUGAAUGUGGAAAAGCCUUCAGUUUGAGCUCAAACCUCAUCAGACAUCAGAGAAUUCAUAGUGGAGAGGAACCUUAUCAGUGCAAUGAAUGCGGCAAAGCCUUCAAAAGGCGCUCAGCCCUUACUCAGCAUCAGAGAAUCCACUCUGGGGAUGAAGCUUAUAUAUGUGGCGAGUGUGGAAAAGCUUUCAGGCACCGAUCAGUCCUCAUGCGCCAUCAGAGAGUCCACAUUGUAGAGUAACUUGUGAAUACAAUGACUGUUGUAAAUAUUUUUGUCAGAUUCUUAUCUUCGUUAGUCAAAAGUGUUUACUUUGGAGCAAAGUUCCAUAAAGGUUGUAAACUAGUCUUCAAUCAGUCUAACUUGAUAAUUGUAGCACUUCCCACUGCUAAUGAAAGCUGACCCUUGAAAGCUUUUUCCGUGACGGAUGAGAAUGACAGAUGGCAGAGCCAUUUCAGCUUUUUUAUUGCCAUUAAGAAUACUCAGAAAAAAAGAAAAAAGAAUACUCAGGAAAUAGGAAUGUAACACUGAAACCUUGCUUUCCAUGAGAACAUCAUGAAAAAGAUCCAGUGACCCAGACGUUAUCGUUGUAUUGGAUCAUCCGUGUACCAAGGCUGAGAUGAUGUGGAUAGUGUAAGGGACUUUUUAUCACUGUCAGAAUUGCAGAAAACAUUUUACUACCCCAAAUAAGGACAGUGACAGGGCAACAAGGAAGAUGGGUUAACACGGUCUCAUCAAUUAUUCGUUGAGUCCACAGCAGGUCAGAAAUUAAGAGUGAGAAAUAAAAAUACAGGUUAAUAUAGUGUCUGUGCCAGGCACUAGGGAUACAGUGGAAAAUGAAAUAUACUGUACAGUCUAAUGGAAGGGGCAGUCAAGCAGGCAAGAAUGCUACAGUGUGAUUAAUGCUAUGACCUAAAGAAGUAGCAGCUGACCCAGCCUUGGAUCAGGCAAGGUGUCUGGGUAAAUGCCCUGAUGGAUGAGUAGGAGUUAGCCACAGAGUAGGCCAGGGAAGACUCUUCCCUACAAACAGAAGGAACAGCAAAGUCCAGGAAGAGAAAGUUUCACAUCUGGAAAGUAAAAAUAUAAGGCCAGUUUGUGUGAAGUUCCCUUUGAAGUGGGGUUAUAUCUAAGAGAGAGAGGGAUGGAGCCAGAAUCUUUUAAGCAGUGCCUGUAUCAAAAUAUGGGCCAUUGGAGAAAUUUCUCUUAAUUGACAAAACCCAGAACCCUUGGACUGUGACGUGGUGAGGAGCCUUGUCUUGGUCUUCUCUGACCUCAGGGAAGGGGUUAAUACCUACAUUCCUUGCCAAACCUGUAGGCUAGGCUAGAACUUAGAUGGGGGGUGGGGAGGUGCUGACAGAUCCAGGUAAAGAGGCUAUUAAAGGUCUAUGUCUCCCCUUCCCAGAUAUGACGGCUCCUUUGUUUCCUAAGACAGUAUUAGAGUUGCUGUCAAGUUUCUCAGUUCCCAGGGCUCUGGGUCAGAAGCUGCUGUGGUUGUCAUAUCAUUUGUUUAUGGGGCUGUAUCCCACAGUUCCUAAUAUACUCUUGGGCUCAGGUCCUCAAAAUAUGUUUGUCAGUUUCUCCUGGGGUUUAUGAGUGAUAUUCUUCAGGCAUUGCACAUAUGUUCAGUUUUGACUUAACAUCACCAAUACUUCAUGUAUCUCUUGUGAAUUUUGUUAAAGACAGUGCUAAAGGAAAGUGACAGCAGAAGGUAAUAGUCAUGGUAAUCCAGAGAUUCUCCUCUGAGGGACCAGCAGGAAGGUGCUUCUGAGUGCAAGGCAAAAUUAUACGUUAGCCAACAGGAAGGCAUGUUAUUCAAAAGACCUAAUACCUUGGAGGAAUAGCGAAGACCUUACCAAAACCGAAUCUGUAUGGAAAUCUUGAAUCCUGAUUAUAGAGAAAGGAGAGCUGUCAUGAUGAUAAAAAGGAACAGAGAAGUAAUGCUCCUGUUGGGAAACACGUAGAUAGGCAUCCGGGAAGCAGUGAGAAUGGCAGGAGGGCUAAAUGCCACUAUUCGGAGAGAGAAUGAAGAAAGAAAAGGACAGUAACAUUUGGAAAAGAUAGUAAAAUGUAACAAAAUAUAUGGUAGGAGCUACGCAACUCUUGAUUUCCUCCUUUUCCAGAGCAAGACCCAAGGAAACUGGAAAGGGUAGGACAGACAUUAAGUAGGAAUAACUUGUAGGUGCUGCCAAGUCAUUUGUGACUCUUAACGCAUACAACAUAAUGAAAUACUGCCCAGUCCUGCAUCAUCUAAACAAUCGUUGCUCAGUUUGAGCCCAGUGUUGCAGCCUCUGUUUCCAUCUAUCUCAUUGAGGGUUUUCUUUUUUACUGACCCUGUAUUUCACCAAGCAUAAUAUCCUUUUCCAGUGACUGGUCCCUUCUAAUAACAUGUCCAAAGUACGUGAGACGAAGUCUCCCCAUCUAUGUUUUUGAGGAGCAUUCUGGCUGUACUUCCAAGACAGAUUUGUUCAUUCUAGCAGUCCGUGGUAUAUUCAAUAUUCUUUGUCAACGCCAUAAUUCAAAGCAUCAAUUCUUCAGUCUUCCUUAUUCAUUGCCCAGCUUUCCCAUACAUAUGAGACAGUUGAAAAUACCAUGGCUUGAGUCAGGUGCACCUUAGUCCUCAAAAUGACGUCUUUGCUUUUGAAGACUUUCAAGAGGUCUUAUGCAGCAGAUUUGCCCAGUGCAAAAAGAAAUUUGAUGAUUCCGCUUCCAGGGGCAUUAAUUGUGGAUCUAAGUAAAAUGAAAUCCUUGACAAAUUUAAUCUUUUCUCCAUUUCUUAUGAUGUUGCUUAUCAGUCCAGUUGUGAGGAUUUUUAUGUUCUUUAUGUUGAGGUGUAAUCCAUGCUGAAGGCUGUAGUCUUUGAUCUUCAUCAAUAAGUGCUUCAAGCCCUCUUCAUGUUCAGCAAGCAAGGUUGUGUCGUCUACAUAAUGCAGGUUGUUAAUGAGUCUUCCUCCAAUCCUGAUGCUGCCUUCUUCUUCAUACAGUCCAGCUUCUCGUAAUAUUUGCUCAGUUUACAGAUUGAGUAAUUAUGGUGAAAUGAUACAACCCUGAUGGCAGCCUUUUCUGAUUUUAAACCAUGUUGUUUUGUUCUGUUGGAACAAUUGCCUCUUGGUCUACAUUCAGAUUCCACAUGAGCACAAUUAAGUGUUAAGUAUAGUUAAACUGAGAGAUGAGUGGUGGAGUAAGAAUAACAAAAGGGAAAUAAUCUUUAUAUAGAGAGUUCUGACAUAUAUCAAUAAGAAAUGUAAUAGGUACUGGCUAAGGGCUUUGUGUAUAUGUGUUAGUUGUUUCUACUUCAGCCCAUAUUUUGCAGAUGAGAAAAUGAAGGCUUGGGGUCAUGACCUACUGGAGGUCAAACUUUGAACCCAGGCAGUAGGAAUCCAGAGCCUUUCUGUGUAGUCACUUCUCCGUACUAUCUCUCCAUGAAGUCUGAAUAGGAAAAAAAUGGUGCUUAAAUAGGGAAAUCACAGAAUAAAUGCCAAAGGAUGAGAAAUAAAUGUUCAGCCUCACUGGAAUUAAACAUUAUACUAAAGUAACUGUUGAGAUGGCACUUUUCCCCCUAAAACUGACAAAAGAUUUAGGGAGACUGAAACUCUAAUGCUACUGGUGAGAGGUGAAUACAUACUAUCUCUGGCAAUGAAUACCAGAAGCCUUAAGCGUUGCCUUUUAACUUUGAAACUCUACCUGAAAAUAUAUACUUCAGAAAUCAUCGUAAAUGUACACAAAGUCUUAAAAGCUAUUAAAAAUGACAUCAUUUAAUAUUAAAUGACAAAGUAUUCAUGAUAUAUUGUUCAGUAAAAAUAUUACAAGAUGGUAUGUAAAAUACAAUCCCAUGUCGAAAUAUAUUUAUGCAUUAAAAGUACUGGAAAUGCAUAAUCAAAAUACGCUAUAGUGGUUAUCUCUGGGGGAUAAGAUCAUAGGUGAUUUAACUUUUGCUUUUCUGUAUUUUCCAGUUUUUCUUUAAUAAAUAUGUAAUACUCAAGAUUAGGGAAAAAAAAAAAGUUAAAAAGGGAAUAAAGCCCAGGAUAGUCAAGAAAAUAUAAGAAAGGUAUUUGCUUUCCGUAAGAUCUCUGUCCCAUCAAUGGACUCUGAUCCUCAAUUUCCUCAUUGGUAAAGUGGCAGUGGCAGUCUCACCCAUCUCACACGGUACACAAAAAAAGGCCUCUGCAAAUUAUAAAUCCCUAUAUAAAUAUGUUGCAUGAAAGAGAUUUACGGUUGAGAAAAGCAGUAGUGUUGAAGUAGAGACGUUUGUUCUUGUUAGCCCUUUGCCAUGAAUUCUGCAGCCGUUAGCAAGGCAUCUUACAACUUUGAACCAUCAAUUUGAAAGAGCUGAAGUAGAUGAUCUAUUAUGGUCAAAACUUCACCAGUCUAUGCCAUUAUGAAAUAGGGUAUUGAUAUGAGAUGGAUGUCAAAGGUAAUUGUUUUCUUCUUCACCAGCCUUGUGUGGAAGAAAAGCAAUUCGUGGCUUUUCCUUCUGCUCAGGGCCCUCUUGUUUCUCUUGGUACAGAGGCAGUCCAGGGGAUAAGAAUGUUUGCCUUAAAUGGAUCUUGUACUGAUUUAAAAAAGGAACGUGCAACUUAGUCAAGGUAGUUAAUAAAUAGCAGUUUCCUACAUCUCCCCUUCUCCUUCCUCAUUUCCAUAGGCUGCAACUACCACUGUCCAACUGAGAGAACUGAAUAUUUAAAGCAAAUCUGACAUUUGGUCUCUCAAAACUCCGGUGCUUCUCUUGAUUGAGCAACGGCAUCCUCUGCACGUUGGCAGAGCAAGGGGAAUUGCCAGUUAGACAAGCCUCCCAUCCUGAGUUGGAGAGCAUUUCUGUGAUGUCAAGAGCAAGAAUGAGCCCAAUGGGCAGACCUUACUUAAACCCAUCCAGCCCUUUGCUUUCUGAUGGGCAGAACCACACAGUGCUGUUCAGUCACCUUAUCAUUCACACCUGCCUUGUUGGAUAUCACAGUGAUCAUCAAGCGGUCCAAAGAUCCAAAGGGUCAUGGGUUUUUUUCUUUAAAUACAUGUUUCUGUUGCAAACCUGCUGAGAGAAAAGGGAAAGGUUGUGGCAGUCUCCUAGGCUCUUGUCCACAGGGUUUUGAACUGGUUCAAACCAGUUCAGCCACGGCUGAUGACGUGAAAGUGGAAUAGACCCAAAUUGUUGAAAUUUCAGUGAUCUAGAUCAUUAACCAGAUUGGGAAAAAUUAAAAGUCGAAGCCCUGAAAUGGGAGACUCGGAAGAGGCAUAGUUUAUCCUUUCAAGAGCCUGAUUUGUGAGACUGGGGUAUUGCUAGGACUUUGGAGAGCGACACGCAUUCAAAGCAAUGUGGUUGGCUGUCAUCUUUGAGCAGGACACCAUUGUUACUGACUCUGCUCAAAAUCUCGGGCAAGAGAUUUGGUUGCUAUACAAUGCAUAUGAAGCCCUUGUUUUCUAAGAGGUAGAUUCAGUUUCUAGCAGGACUUCAACCUGUAAUUUUUCCCGUUCUGGAUCACCCAAAUUGUACCAAUUCAGGUGUCUUCUGGUGUCACUUUGUCAGCCAUGAGUAAAUCGAGAAGAACCAGACCAAAGCCCUGCUUGCCCAGUCCAGGCCUAAGCUUGGUCCUUAGCAGUUAGUGCUGAGGAUAUCCAUCUGGUGAGAUAUGGACCACUCCCAAAUGGAAGGAAGAGUCCUAAUUCUGGCAGAUACAUGAUGCAGAUGUGCUUAAAGAGGCUACUUCUUGUUCUCAUUCCUAUGAUCUUUCAACCACAAAGCAACCCCACAUGCCCCCUCAAUUUUGUGAGUUCAGCUGGUGCUACAACUCCAGAGACAGGCUGUCACAGUUUCCUGACCCUUUUUGGCCCAGAGAAUAAAAGCUGAGAACACUAAUUUCCUGAUGUCUUCCCACAAAUUCUUCACCAUUCCCCUAGCACAUCUCCAGUCAUGUUACUACUGUGCACCCUUUUCCUGAAUGAAUAAUUUCCAAGCAGAACUUUAAAACUCCAAUUUUAUUACAGUACAUCUUGCAUUACAUUCUAAUGCUAAACCAGCUGAAGUAUAUACUGAGUAUAAAUGUUAAAAAUCAGUUACCAAUAAUUAUUUACCAAACAAGAUUUCUACCAAAAAUAUUAGGAUUGGAAAAAAUAUAUUACUCAAAAAAUGUUAAGAAUAUUUCUAUGGAUAGCAUUGUGGGUGACUUAUACUUUCUCAUUUUCUAUUUUAUCAACAUUUACAAUAAAUUUACAAUUAUGGAAAAAGUAAUUAUUAAAUGAUACUGUUUUUGUUGUCAUUGAGUUGAUUCUUAUGAUGACUCCAACUGUGCAAGGCAGAACUGCUUUGUAGGGUUUUCAAGGCUGUGACCUUUUGGAAGCAGAUCGCCAGGACUGUCUUCUGAAGCACCUCUGAAUGGAUUUGAACCGACAAACUUUAGGUUAGUAGUCCAGUGCUUAACCGUUGGCACCCCCCAGGAACUCCACCUAACCCAAAACCAUCUGAUGGUCAGCUAUAGGAAAAAGCAACUCACGAUCCAUUUGGAAGAUGGUUUUAGGCUUCUGAUUAUCUGAGCUCAAUGACAAUCUCACAACCUCUGGACACAAAGACUGCCCCCCUCCCAAUUUCUACCUCCCCUAAUACCCAUAACAGUUGUGAUUACCAACUCUUUUUCAGUAGCGGCA